GUGGCUUCGCGAAAUCAGCACGUGCAACACAGGCCCAGGAAGUCUUUUACGACGCAGGAAGAUCUAGCUGACCGUCAUCUUUAAUUAGGCCGUAGCGGUUUUGCAGCGGUGAGGAUUUCUGUAGCCUUUAGAAAGCAGUCUUUGUUCUGAUUGCAAUUGGAUAAUCUACUUUGGCUCAUGGGCAUUCGUGGAUUGACUUCAUUUGUGAAACAUAUUCCUGAACAGGCUGGAGUGUGGACAAAGACAUUCCUGUCUAGCACCAAGUUGGUAAUUGAUGGAAAUAAUCUGCUUUACCAUUUGUACAGUUCUUCUGGACUUGACACACAAUGUGGCGGUCAGUAUUUAGAAUAUUACCAACUGACCAGAGUCUUCUUCUUAACUCUGAAGAAGAAUGAUGUAGAAAUGGUUGUAGUUCGAGAUGGAGUUAGUGGAGAUGACUUGACGCUUUCAAAAAAAAGAGAAUCUAUUAGAGAAAUAAUUCGGAAAGUCCAAAACUUUGAUACUGGUAAAGUCGUUUAUCCUCGGUUCAUAGAUGAAUUGUUUUACAUGGCAGCAGCUGACUCUCUUGUUGAAAUUGUGAUGUGUGACUAUGAAGCAGACGAAGUGGCUGCUAAUUUGGCUAAAGAAAAACGUUGUCCAGUGCUUUCUAAUGACAGUGAUUUCUACCUGUUUGAUAUUCCUAUGGGUGUAAUUCCUCUACCAGACGUGUUUCAAUUGCAGCAAAAUGAAGGGCCAUUACAAUGCCAGUCUUAUCAUCGAGAUGCUUUUCUUCAUCACAUUAAGCUUUCAGCGGAGUUUCUACCACUUUUAGCUGUUCUGGUGGGAAAUGAUUUUACAAAUAAUGACCAGCUGAAGCCAUUGCAUCAGUACUUGAGAGAAAGGAAUAGGGCCCUUGGCACUUCAUUUCGGUCAACCACCAGAGAAAAUCCAAUCACUACUGUUAUUGCCUGGCUGAAUCAGUUUCGUUAUGUCAAACUGGCUGAGGCAGAUGCUAAGAGUCAUGCAUCAGGAUUCCAUAACUUUGGGGCGAUCUUAGAAAAGUCGAAAGCAAAGUUUUCUUCUUUUGAAAGAUUGAACUGUAGUGUGAAGAUGAUUGAUGGCAAUGAUUUCCCAGAUUGGGUGAUUGAAUCUUUCAAGAUGAUGAGGUUUAGAAAAAUUGCUGUUCGAGCUGCUUGCCGUGGUCAUAUAAUCUUGUAUCCUCAAAUGGAGGACAUAAAGAGACCUACUGCAGACACAUGCUCACGUCCUAUAAGACAAGUAAUAUAUGCAAUCCUUUUUAAAGAUCUCGAGACUGCAUAUAGUCAACGUAAAGUAAUUGAAAUUGGUAGAGCAGAUGGAGAUGAUAAUCUGGAAGAUUAUGAGGUUGAUAUCUCCAAUUCACCUAAUCUCUGCAGCCUUGCAGAGAUUGAGUCAAUGAGUUGCAAAGAACGACUUGAUAUUUUAUUUUCAGCUGCAGGUUGUGAUUUUAGUAAAUUUCAUAAUUUAGAUUCAAAACUGGUGCUUCCUGCAAUAGCUCUUUACUAUUGGUGUCAUCUGGAAACCCAUCAAGUACUAGACAGAGCUGUCUACGCCGCUGUUUUCUCUUUUGUUACCUGCUACUUGAAAUUCAAUCAACUUGUUAAGAAGGCAACUCAUUGUUUGGAUAUGCCUCAAUUACCAAUGGAAGAGGAACACCAGCAACAAGAAUUAGAUCUAGAGGUUGCUCAUUGCCUUGCUGAAUUUCAAAGUAUAUUGUAUUACAUCAUGAUUCUAAACUCUGUGUUGGAUUUUCCAUUGCCCGAUUUUAAUGUAGCUGCAGUAUUCAAUGGACUCAUGGCACAUCGUGCUGCAUCAGAGUAUCAUACAUACGAGGAUUUUCUUGAUGCAUCAGAAAAUUCACACUUGUUUGCAGACAUUUGUAAACUUUUGGGGAGAAACCAAGAUGGUACUGAUUCUACCUAUGUAUAGCUGAAGGAAAAGGAGAAAAACAUUAGCCAGGAAAUAUAUACUUUUUAACUUCUGUACGUUUGACUAGAAAUUUGGCAUACACGUAUGCUGUUGAUGUUAAUUAAUGAAACUAUAGCGUUUGGGAUGACAGUUGAUCACAGUUAUCAAUUACUUUUAACUCAGACAUGCAUGUUAACAUUGAUAGUUAUGAAUGUCAUUGCACAAAAUUGAAGCUUGUAUGACUAU